AUGAAUUUUGAAGGCCUUGACCCAGCACUUGCAGAAUACGUGCCUGCCCUCCACCCAGCCUUGGAUCCCCACCUCAACCCUAGCCUGCUACAGAAUGUGGAGCUGGAUUCUGAAGGGGUGCCACUGGAGAGUAUUCCUGUGCCUGACCCAGUGCGUAUCAUGGAGGGCAUGUACUCAGAACUCCACACUGUGGUCUCUGAAGUGGGUGUGCCUGUCUCCUUCUCACAUUUUGAUCUACAUGAAGAGAUGCUUUGGGUUGGGAGCCAUGGGGGUCAUGCCACCUCUUUCUUUGGCCCAGCCUUGGAACGUUAUUCGUCUUUCCAAGUACACAGUAGUGAUGACAUCCGACAGAUCCAGAGCCUGGAGAAUGGGGUGCUCUUCCUGACCAAAACCAACCUCAAAUAUAUGUCCAGAGGAGGCCUCAUAAUCUUUGAUUAUCUCAUGGAUGACAGUGAAGACAUGCACAGCCUUCUGAUGACUGAUCCCACCACUUUGCUCAUUGGUGGACUCACCAACCAUGUGAUAGAGAUAGAUCUCAAUACAGUUCAAGAGACCCAGAAGUACACUGUGGAAGUGCCUGGAGUCACUAUUAUGAGGCAGUCGAACCGUUUCUUCUUCUGUGGCCACACUUCAGGAAAGCUCUCUCUGCGUGACCUUCGCACUUUUGCUGUAGAGCAUGAAUUCGAUGCCUACACAGGUAGUCUGUCGGAUUUUGAUGUCCAUGGAAACCUGCUGGUGACCUGCGGUUUCUCCAGUCGGAUGAAUGGUCUCACCUGCGAUCGUUUCCUCAAAGUGUAUGAUCUGCGCAUGCUACGAGCCAUCACACCUCUGCAAGUCCACAUUGACCCUCUGUUUCUGAAGUUCAUUCCUACCUACACAUCUCGCUUGGCUAUCAUCUCCCAAACAGGUCAGUGUCAGUUCUGUGAACCCACCGGAUUGGCUAACCCUGCAGACAUCUUCCAUGUCAAUACAGUGGGCCAGCUGAUAAUGAGCUUCGAUGUGUCAGCCAGCAAGCAAGCCUUGGUCUUUGGAGACUCAGAGGGCUGUGUCCACCUCUGGGCUGACUCGCCUGAAAUCACAUUUAAUGCCUACUCCCGGGAGACUGACUUUGCCUUGCCUUGCAUUGUGGACACUUUGCCCCACCUUGACUGGAACCAGGAUCUCAUGCCCUUAUCACUUAUCCCUGUGCCACUAACCACCGAGUCCUUGUUGUCAGACUGGCCAGCUGCCAACUCUGGCCCUGCACCCAGACGAGCCCCACCUGUUGACCCAGAGAUUCUUCGUACCAUGAAGAAAGUUGGCUUCAUUGGAUAUGCUCCAAACCCAAGGACCAAGCUUCGAAACCAGAUCCCCUAUCGACUGAAAGAACUUGACAAUGAGUUUGACAUUUUCAACCAAGUCCCUGAAUCUCCCAUUGGACGGGAGGAAGAGCCGUAUGUCUACAUGGUGGCAAAGAAAUACAGGAAGGUCACUAUUAAAUAUUCCAAGCUGGGCUUGGAGGACUUUGACUUCAAACAUUACAACAAGACUCUGUUUGCUGGCCUGGAGCCCCACAUCCCGAACGCUUACUGCAACUGCAUGAUCCAGGUGCUGUAUUUCCUAGAGCCUGUGCGGUGCUUGGUUCAGAACCACCUAUGCCAGAAGGAGUUCUGCCUGAGCUGUGAACUGGGAUUCUUAUUCCACAUGCUUGAUUUGUCCAGAGGGGACCCUUGUCAGGGCAGUAACUUCCUCCGUGCCUUCCGCACCAUUCCAGAGGCAGCUGCUCUGGGGUUGAUCUUGGCCGAUUCAGAUGAGGCAACAGGAAAAGUGAACCUCGGACGCUUGAUUCAGAGUUGGAACCGCUUCAUCCUGACCCAGCUCCAUCAAGAAACUCAAGAGCAGGAAGGCCCUCAAGCUUACCGGGGCAUUGGAAGCAGCAACUUUGGAUCGUCAGGGGACUCAGUCAUUGGCCAGCUUUUCAGCUGUGAAGUGGAGAAUUGCAGCAUGUGUCGCUGUGGCAAAGAGACUGUCCGAGUGUCUUCUACACUCCUCUUUACCCUCUCCUACCCUGACAGUAAUGAUAAAAUCAAGGAUUAUGAAUUUGCCCAGAUCUUAAAGAGAAGCAUCUGUUUGGAACAGAAUACACAGGCUUGGUGUGAAAACUGUGAGAAAUACCAGCCCACGGUCCAGACACGCAAUAUCCGCUGCCUGCCUGAUGUUUUGGUCAUUAACUGUGAAGUGAACAGCUCCAAAGAAGCGGAAUUCUGGCAGAUGCAGGCAGAGUAUGCCUUUAAGAAGCUGAUGAUGAAGAAAGGUGGCCUGGAACUCUCCAAGACUAGAGAAAUCCCUCUUGGGGAAUGGAAUGAACUUGGAAUUGCAGAAGGGGGCAAUGCUUAUACCUCCAUUGAGGAACUGAAGAACAUCUGGAUUCCUUAUUCCAUCAAAAUGAAGCUGUCCAAGAACAAGGAGCUGGAAGUUUACAACUGGGAUGAAAAUUCUGAACUGAGUGUGCUGGAUGAUCUGGAGUCAACAUAUGUCUAUGAUCUUAUGGCAACUGUUGUGCAUAUCCUGGAUUCUCGCACUGGGGGCAGCCUAGUGGGGCACAUCAAAGUGGGGGAGACCUACCACCAAAGAAAGGAGGGGGUCACACACCAGCAGUGGUACCUUUUCAAUGACUUUCUCAUUGAGCCUGUGGACAAGUGUGAGGCUGUGCAGUUUGACAUAAACUGGAAAGUGCCUGGUAUCCUUUAUUAUGUGCGACGGAACCUCCACUCCAAGUACAAUUUAAACAUUAAGAACCCCAUUGAAGCAAGCGUACUGCUUGCUGAGGCUUCCCUUGCUCGGAAACAGCGUAAAUGUCAUGCCACUUUCAUCCCACUCAUGCUGAAUGAGAUGCUGCAGUCCGGAGACCUGGUGGGACUGGAUGCUGAGUUCGUCACCCUCAAUGAGGAGGAAGCUGAGCUUCGCAGUGAUGGGACCAAGUCCACUAUCAAGCCCAGCCAGAUGUCAGUGGCCAGGAUCACAUGUGUGAGGGGGCAGGGUCCCAAUGAGGGUGUUCCCUUCAUUGAUGACUACAUCUCUACACAAGAACAGGUGGUAGAUUACCUCACUCAAUACUCAGGCAUAAAACCAGGUGAUCUGGAUGCCAAAAUUUCUUCCAAGCACCUCACAACCCUCAAAUCCACCUACCUGAAGCUACGCUUUCUCAUUGAUGCUGGAGUCAAGUUUGUGGGUCAUGGACUGCAAAAAGACUUCCGGGUCAUCAACAUCAUGGUGCCCAAGGACCAAGUCAUUGAUACUGUGUACUUGUUCCAUAUGCCCAGGAAGAGGAUGAUCUCACUGCGCUUCCUUGCAUGGUACUUCUUGGACCUGAAGAUCCAGGGGGAGACUCAUGACAGUAUUGAAGAUGCCCGCACAGCCCUUCAGUUAUACAGGAAGUACAUGGAGCUGAGCAAUGGUGGCUUAGAGCCCGAGGAGUUCCGCAAGGUGCUCAAGGGCCUCUAUGAGAAAGGGAGGAAGAUGGACUGGAAGGUGCCUGAACCAGAAGGCCAGAGCAGUCCUAAGAGUUCUGCUGUGUUCUCUACUGUGCUGUCUCUCUGAUUCAAGAAGACCUCA